UUUUCUGCUUAAUCCGCCCACACACAGAGAACAACGUUGAGACGGAACAAUGAAACUGCGGUGGUGCCUCGCGUUGGUUGUGACGUUUCUCAUCGGCGCGCAAGCCGGUGGAGAAGAGUUGAUGGAUGGUGUCGAGCGAGACUAUGCUAAUGAACGGACGCUAGUAGCCGUGGAACCGGUCGUCGGAUUUAACCGGGGUGCUAUCGAGCAUCGGCCAAAUUCCGACGACAUCCGCCGACAGCAAUCGCAGUACACCCGCGGACGGUUCAUGGAGCUCGAAAUCCUCAGCCAAACCAAAGACACGAGCCAGCACGACCAGCCGGCCCAUGAUGAACGCAACCGAAUUCGGGACAACACGAUUUACGUGGAAGAGCAACAGUCUUAUCCGGAGAGUUACAAAGGAUUCAACGGUCAUUCGUAUCAAAAUGAAGCGCCCGUCGUCGACGAAUUGGAGCGACCCGUCGAUCCGGUGCCAAUCGAUCCGUUAUCAGACACUAGAAAUGGAGAGGAUUACAAGGUCGUGUGCUACUACGAAUCAUGGGCCAUCUAUCGUGAAGAGCCGAUGACGACCAGCCCGGCCGAUGUGGAUCCAUUCGGAUGCACUCACGUCAUCUAUUCGUUCGUCGGACUUGACAAGACAUCGCUGACCGUCACUAUCCUCGAUCCAGACUACGAAGUCAUCAGGGGCGGUUUUAGAGCGGCGCUGGCCCUCAAGAACAUCAACCCUGACCUACAAGUCAUGAUUGCCAUCGGCGGCUGGUCCGAAGGAGGUAAACAGUACUCGCAGAUGGUCUCCAGCAAAGCCAGCCGGUCAAAGUUCAUCGAUUCCGUCGUCGUCUUUAUGGAAAAGUGGAAAUUUGACGGAUUCGAUCUCGACUGGGAGUAUCCAGGUGCAACGGAUCGCGACGGUAGAUGGGCUGACAAAGAGAAUUUCGCUUUGUUGGUGGAGGAAAUGUCCGCCGUCUUCCAGCCACGCAAUUGGCUCUUGACGGCGGCUGUUCCAGCAGCUACCUUCCGGAUCAAUGAAGGCUACGAUGUGCCGCGACUUGCCAAAUCGUUGGAUUUCAUUAACGUCAUGACGUACGAUCUUCACGGCACGUGGGACAAUUACGCCGAUCACCACGCCCCGCUAUCGAGGCGUCCGUUCGAUACGGGCGCUACGCAAAACCUGCACUCUGACGGCGCUUUGUCUUACUGGAUCUCUAAAGGAGCCCCGGCUUCAAAAAUCAUUUUCGGAAUUCCGUUUUACGGACGCAAUUUCCGACUGGCCAAUCCGAGCAAUUCGCAACCCCGGGCACCGAUCGCCGGUGCUGGAAUGGUCGGUCCCUACACCAAGGAGGCCGGUUUCGUUGCCUACUUCGAAAUUUGCAGAUGGCUGCAAGAUGGCGGAUGGCAAGAAUUGCAAGAUCCGGCUGGAAGUCCGUACAUCGUCAAAGGAGAUCAAUGGAUUGGUUACGACACGGUGGAGUCGGUCGCAGCGAAAAUGGAUUACAUCAGACGGACCGGACUGGGAGGGGCAAUGAUCUGGGCAGUGGGACUGGACGACAUCAAAGGAGAUUGUGGACCUCAAAGGCCUUUGUUAGGCGCAAUCAACGAUGGAUUAGGUCGAAAUGGACAAACACCGACAGCUGUUACACCUCGACCCACAACAACGGCCCCGCCUCGUCCGACGACGACAUCGCGGCCUACGACAUCCGGUCCAGUUGAACUGUCUACUUUUGCUCCGCUACAGCCCAUCCCAAUCAUUCCUCCCGCACCAACGACAGCUGCUCCUUCAAACGGAUUCGAUCCAAACUGUCUGAUAAAAGGGGACAGCUUUUUCCCCCAUCCCGGGGAUUGCAGUCAGUUCUACCGUUGCGUUGGACCGAACGCUUAUUUCUUCAACUGCCCAGCUGGUUUACUGUUCAACCCAAGCAUCUUUGUAUGCGACUGGCCGGAGAACGUCCAGUGCAAUUCAAAGAAUUCCAGAACAAGCGCAGAACGGCGAUUGCAAAAGAAUAAUGACUAUAAGGUCGUCUGCUACUACAGCAGCUGGGCAUGGCUGAGACGCGGUGAUGCCGAAUUCGUUCCAGAGAACGUGUUGUCAUCCAGCUGCACUCACGUUUUGUACGCCUACGCGGGGCUAGAUCCGAAAACUUUGCUCAUCAAGAGCAAUGACAUCUGGACGGACAUCAGCAACAGAAUGUACGCCAGGAUUAUUUCGCUGAAACAAAUGAAUCCUAGUAUGAAAAUCAUGUUGGUAAUGGGCGGAUGGACGGAAUCGCGGGACGACGCUUACAGUCGGCUCGUAUCCGACGCCAGGGCGCGUUCCUUGUUUGCCGUUCACGCAGUGGCUUUCCUCAAAACGUACGGAUUCGACGGUUUGCACCUCGACUGGCAGUACCCGGUUUGCUGGCAAGCUGAUUGUUCCAAAGGACCCGCGUUCGACCGAACAAACUACCCCAUUUUAAUACAAGAAUUGAGCCGUGAAUUUAGCAGAAACGAUCUUUUGCUGGGCGUUAACGUGGCCGGUUACAAGAACGUCGCUGUGACGGCUUUCGACGGAGCCGCACUCGGACGAUACGCCGAUUUCAUCACGGUGCCAACGUUCGAUUUUCACGGCAGCUGGGAGGGCAUGACGGGACACACAGCUCCACUUCAAGGGAGCGGCGAUUCAGACAGUGUCGAAGCUAGCAUGAACUACUGGAGUAGACAGGGCAUACCGACGGCUAAACUUAUCGUUGGUAUUCCUUUCUACGGCCAGAGUUUCACGUUAGCCGUUCCGGCUACAACAAGGGAUCAAGCGGCCAUCGGUGUCAAGGCCAAAGGAGCUGGAUUCCCUGGCCCUUACACCCAACAAGCGGGCAUGUUGGCUUAUUACGAAAUCUGUCAUCAAGUGCGUCAAGGUGUUUGGACCGAGGUGAGCAACGAUUCCCCGUUCGCCUUCAGGGGUAAUCAAUGGGUUGGUUACGAUAACGUCGAUUCGGUCCGUCGUAAAGCUAACUACAUCAAAAGAGAGGGCUUUGGCGGUGCGAUGGUCUUCUCCAUUGACAUGGACGAUUUCAAAAAUACGUGCUGCACAGAAGCUUUCCCUUUGACAAAAGCUAUCGCAAGAGCCCUUGGCAUCCGCACGGAUCCACAGCCAACACCUGGAAUCAACUGCCAACGUCCACCACCACCAGUCACCCCACCCCCGCUGGCCAUCACAACUGGUUUCGAUUCGGGCAUGAGUACAAGGCCUACCACUCCAUCCACAUUCCCAAUGAUUCCAACUACACCGUCAACUCGGCCACCUACUCGCCCAACAACUCAACCGCCAACCCGCCCGCCAACCCGUCCACCAACCCCGCCGCCAACCCGUCCACCAACCCCGCCGCCAACCCGACCAUCUACUCGUCCACCUACUCGCCCGCCAACCCAACCACCGACACGACCACCGACACGACCACCGACACGACCUCCAACACGACCCCCAACCCAACCACCGACUGAGCCACCGACUCAAACAAAUUGCAUCAACGGCCAAUAUUACCCUGUGCCGGGCGAUUGCACUUCUUUUGCUAGAUGCGUCAUGGGCGUUUUGAAGAAGAACAAAUGCUCACCCGGGCUGUACUGGAACAACGACGAAACGCUUUGCGAUUGGCCCGAAAGAGUCAAUUGCCAAUCAGACGAUCAAAUUACCUUGCCACCCACUUCAGCCCCCACACGUUCUACUACCCCCUUUGUACCGACGAUCAGCUUUACGGAAGCAUCCAGACCUACACCCAGACCUACGACACGGCCACCACCUCCACCAGCCAUCGAACCGGUUAUUGAACAAUGUCAAGAAGGACAAUACAGUCAAAGGGGGCCCGAUUGUUCUGCCUAUCAAUGGUGCGUCAACGGACAGCUAAUCGAACAAGGUUGCCAACCUGGACUGCAUUGGAAUCAACAAAUAAAAGUGUGCGACUGGCCAGCCAACGCAAACUGCCCAUUCAACGGCCAAUCUCCAGUUGUCCCGGGUGGAUCCCAAACGACGCCCUCAUUAGUAGCCACAACAGGUAGACCGACGAGGCCAUCAACAACAACGAGGCCAUCAAGACCAACAGAAACAACGAGGCCAACAAGACCUACAACUACGACCAGACCAGCAGGGCCUACAAAACCAUCCAAACCAGGUGAAUACAAGGUGAUCUGCUAUUAUACCAACUGGUCUUGGUAUCGCCCCGGUGAAGCCAAAUACUCCCCAGCUGACAUCGAUGUCGACCUGUGCACUCACAUCCUUUACGGCUUUGCCACGUUAGACCCCACCCAAUUGACCAUGCGCGUAUUCGACUCAUGGUCAGACACUGACGAAUACGGACCGAAACUUUACGCUAAAGUAGUAGCCCUCAAGAGCUCCGGCAUUAAGGUUCUCAUCGCUCUCGGUGGUUGGAAUGAUUCGCUGGGCAACAAGUACAGCCGCAUGGUCAACGAUCCAGCAGCCAGGAAGCGUUUCAUCGAUAACGCCAUUAUCUUUAUUGAAAAGUACGGAUUUGACGGACUCGAUCUCGACUGGGAGUAUCCGAAAUGUUGGCAGGUGGAUUGCAAUGCUGGUCCCGCAUCGGACAAACCGGCUUUCGCAUCUUUGGUAAGCGAAUUGAGAGCCGCAUUCACUCCGCGAGGUUGGCUAUUGUCAGCAGCCGUCUCGCCGUCCAAGGCCGUUAUCGAUGCUGGCUACGACGUGCCAUCACUUUCACGAGAUUUCGACUGGAUCGGCGUCAUGACGUACGACUAUCACGGACACUGGGACAAAAAGACUGGACACGUCGCCCCUUUCAGUCUCCACUCGGAAGCUGAUGUUGCUUACUUCAACACGAACUACACGCUCAAUUACUGGAUUCAACUUGGAGCUGAUCCGGCUAAACUCAUUCUCGGGGUUCCGCUCUACGGCCAGUCAUUCACACUGCAAAAUCCCAGCGUCAACGGACUUAACGCUCCGGCUAAAGGAACCGGCCAGCAAGGAGAAUUUACGCGUCAAGCUGGAUUCCUUGCCUAUUACGAGAUUUGCAAACAAGUCAAAGGAAGCGGAUGGACAGUUGUACAAGAUGAAGAAGGAGCCAUGGGGCCAUAUGCCUACCGCGGGGAUCAAUGGGUUUCUUUCGACGACGUGGACAUUGUCCGUAGAAAAUCCGAUCUCGUUCGCACAAUGAAACUCGGCGGCGCUAUGAUCUGGGCGCUAGACUUGGACGAUUUCCGCAACCGGUGCGGAUGCGAAACAUACCCACUGCUCAAGACUAUCAACCGCGUACUACGCAAUUACCCAGCAUCGGGAGAAACGUGCGCCAAUUCACCAAUGAAAUAUGGCGGUAAUGACAACAACGACAGUUCGGAAAGUGUAAGUAUUUGGGCUCCCAUUUCGGGUAAAGGAACUAGCUGCACGAGCGGAUCCUUCCGGCCGCAUGAAUCCGCUUGUACUAGCUAUUAUCAGUGCGUGAAUGGACAAUGGGCCGAAGCCAGGUGCCCCGGAGGGUUGUACUGGAAUCGAAGCCACUGUGAUUGGUCUUUCAACACGAAAUGCGGGUCGGCGGCUUAAACGGCUAAUAUCAUUUAAAAUUGCUGUAUUUGUUUUUUAAAAAUUCGGCAUCUUUUUUGCUCCUUUUUUUUCCUGGUUGGUCGUGUGGUGCUUUCAAUCUAUCAUGGGAUAGUGAAAUGGAUUUUUUACAUUGUAGUUUUAAAAAAAAUUGUGGUGGGAAUAUGAUGUACGUUGCAACGUUUUGCCAGAUGUCGAGGGAAAUCGUUGAUACGUUUUUCUCUUUUCUAAUGGAUUCCUCAAAUCAAAGUAGCCUAUUAUAGGUCCGUUUUUAAAAAUGAAUGCGGUUCUUUUGAACCCAUUAGAACAAACAGAGUACUGACCCAUUUCAUUCAGCUUGUCGUGGUUACCACAAACUGCAUAAAUGGCCAGCGUAUUAUUUCAAAAGAAUUCCUCCAUUUACUGAUUAAGACGACGGGAUUCAAUAAGAAAAGAAUCGGGUAUGCCUCCAUUUGUCUGUAUCGUUUUUUACUCAAAUUGUUUGUUGGUGGGAUUUGUUGCCAUGACAAUACACGAUUCCCUAUCUCCAGUGGAAGGGGAUACAAAUUA